UCCCGUGUGGAGUAACGGCAGCUCAAGGGAGUCUUAACUCUCCCUGCUGUUUCAUUGCAAGAAAAAAUCCCCAAGGAAGAUUGUCUAGUGGAUAAAACAUGGAGAGAAGGAAAAGAAGCUUCACUUUUGGAGCAUAUGGAGGGAUAGAUAAAUCUUUCAUUCGUUUGAGAAGUACACAGAAACAUGAUGGAGGGGAUCACAACAUUUCCAACUCAUUAGAACCACCGAGUCCAGAAUCACAACCCUCGUACUCUGCACGGUCCUAUCUCAAGAACACUGAUUUCUUUGAAAUGAUUGAAAAGAUGCAGGGAUGCAGAAUGGAUGAACAGAGAUGCUCUCUUCCACCACCUCUCAAAACAGAAGAAGAUUAUAUUCCUUACCCUAGUGUCCAUGAGGUUCUCCAACGUGAGGCUCCUUAUCCUAUUAUCCUGCUCCCUCAGUUUGGAGGUUACUGGAUCGAGGGAACAAACCAUGAAAUCAGAAGCCUGCCUGAAACAGAGCAGCUCUCAUCUCCUGCCUCCAAACUCAAACUAGAGUGUAACUCUAUUGCCAAGCUCUACAGGAAACAUUUCUUGGGAAAGGAACAUUUUAAUUAUUACUGCGUCGACAGUGCACUCGGCCAUUUGGUAUUCUCCCUCAAGUAUGAUGUCAUUGGUGACCAGGAACACCUCCGGCUGUUGCUCAGAACCAAGCACAAAACCUACCAGGAUGUGGUUCCAAUAUCCUGCCUCACUGAAUUCCCCAAUGUGGUUCAAAUGGCAAAGCUUGUUUGUGAAGAAGUAAAUGUGGACCGUUUCUUCCCUGUUUUAUACCCUAAGGCCUCACGGUUAAUUGUAACAUUUGAUGAGCAUGUCAUCAGCAACCAUUUCAAGUUUGGGGUUAUUUAUCAGAAGUUUGGCCAGACUUCAGAGGAAGAGUUAUUUACCAACAAUGAAGAAAGCCCUGCCUUUGUUGAGUUCCUGGAACUACUAGGUGAGAAAGUUGAGCUUCAGGACUUCAAAGGCUUUCGUGGAGGCCUGGAUGUUGCACAUGGUCAAACAGGAACAGAGUCGGUUUAUACCAAAUUCAGGAGCAAAGAGAUUAUGUUCCAUGUUUCCACAAAGCUGCCGUACACUGAAGGUGAUGCACAACAACUUCAGAGAAAACGACACAUAGGAAACGACAUUGUGGCCAUCGUCUUUCAGGAUGAAAACACCCCCUUUGUGCCAGAUAUGAUCGCAUCUAACUUCCUGCACGCUUACAUUGUUGUCCAGCUGGAAAGCCCCUGUAGCAGCAACACCAUGUACAAGGUCUCCGUCACAGCAAGAGAUGAUGUUCCAUUCUUUGGUCCUGCACUGCCUGAUCCAGCUGUGUUUAGAAAGGGUCUUGAAUUUCAGGAGUUCUUGCUCACAAAACUCAUUAAUGCAGAAUAUGCUUGCUAUAAGGCAGAAAAGUUUGCUAAAUUGGAGGAGCGGACCAGGUCAGCUCUGCUGGAGACUCUCUAUGAAGAGCUCCAUGUAAACAGUCAAGCGAUGAUGGGCAUUAGCAACGAGGAUGAGAAGAUUGAGAAUGGAGGGAGUGGAGGAGGAGGAGGUUUCUUUGAAUCCUUUAAGCGGGUGAUUAGAAGUCGAAGCCAGUCGAUGGAUGCCAUGGGUCACAGCAAUAAGAAACAGAACACUGUCUCUACCAGUCACAGUGGCAGUUUCACCCACAACACAGGAGAAACCAUCAAAGCCCCUGGCAUUUCGUUGCUUGUGCCUGGAAAAAGCCCAACUAAGCACGGACGUCGAGGCAGUGCUAUAGGCAUAGGAACAGUAGAAGAGUCAUUGAUUAUUCCGGGGAAAAGCCCAACGAGGAAGAAAUCCGGACCUUUCAGCUCCCGCCGCAGCAGUGCCAUCGGAAUAGAGAACAUCCAAGAGGUGGUGGAGAGAAGAGAGAGCACGUCAAGUACCCAGAAAACCCCAGACAGUGGGCACGUCUCACAGGAACCAAAGUCUGAUAAUUCAUCCAAUCAGAGUUCUCCAGAGAUACCUACCACCAAGAAUAGAGCCGUAACAAAUCAGAAAGUUUUAAAUGAUGGUCAGGAUCUCUCGCGAUCAUCUUCGAAUGCCAGCAGCUUUGCCAGCGUUGUGGAGGAGAAUGAAGUUCUCGAAGACUACGAUACUGGAAUGGACAGCCUUUCUUCAGUCGGAACACCUCAUAAAAGGGACUCGUUCACCUACAGCACGUGGUUGGAUGACAGUGUCAGCAUGACGAGUGCACUGAGUGCUGGGAGCUCGACAGGUGGCCCACGUCUGGAUGCUAACCGAGCUGGUGACUUACCGAGACCAGAGAUCAAAAUUAAACUCGAGAGAACUGAGCAGCAGAAACCCAAUCAGAAUUACCAAAAAAGACACAAGCUCAUGGAGUUGAGGAGAACCCGAAAGUUUGCCACAAAUGAAGAUGACGCCUUACACUCUAAAGGAAGCCAACCGAAACCAGGACUGUAAAAAUGAAGAAUUUAUUUGGAAUUUAGAAAUAUAUUCUCAAACUGCAUUGCACUUUGAUGGAGAUUCAGUUUCAACUGCCUCUAUGUAGAAACUAUUGUGAUUGUCUAAUUUUUGUGUUUUGGUGUUAAUAUUGUCAUUGGACAUAGUGUAAAAGCACAACUGGUGAAGUGAGUGGAGCAUGAUCAACACUGUCAAACACUGCAUUAGGCCUAUUUAUGGAUUGUUGCUGUGUUUUGGUGAUUAUUUGCAGCAGCUGGCUAGAUAUCAUCACUGUUGAAUGGAAAAAAUGUAAAUAUGCUUUUGUAAAUAAUG